CUAACCACAGCUGACCCUGUUUAGCUCCCAAGAUCAGAUUGCAUUUCGUCCCUUUAGGGUAUUUAGGUCCUAGUAAAAAUCCAUGGCUUCAGACUGUUAGUCUCACUGAAGAUGCAGGGAUGAAAAUGGAUUCACUUCUGAAGAUUUUGAUACACAAAGGUGGAAUUGUUUUUGGAACAUGUGUAGGACUUCAGUCAUCUUGAUCCUGCAUUUUAUGCCCUUGAGCCUUGAUAUAUUUUUCUUGUGCAUGAGUGUUACUGUUUUGCUUAUAAAUCAGACUCUAUGGGAGACUGAGGGCAUCAUCAGAGCAGCAGCUUCAUCUGCUAGCAAUGAGCAUGCUCCAUCCAUGGAGCAGACUCAGUAACAGCAAGCAAGCAAGGGAAAAAAACCCAUGGGCAGUCUCAAAACGGUGAAUUGAGCAAAGAGAAAAAGGUGAAAUGGCAGAAGAAAAGGAAGGCCAGACAAAGGGCAAAAUGCCUCCAGGUGAGGUGGAUGCCAAGACAGAUGUCAAACUCACUCUCUAUCACUGGACACAAUCCUUCAGUUCUCAAAAGGUUCGAUUGGUGAUUGCUGAAAAGGGGCUGAAAUGUGAAGAGCAUGAUGUAAGCCUUCCACUGAGUGAACACAAUGAGCCCUGGUUUAUGCGCUUAAAUGCAUCUGGAGAAGUCCCUGUGCUUGUUCACAGAGAAAACAUUAUUUGUGAUGCCACUUUGAUUAUUGACUACCUUGAAGAGACAUUUACAGAUGAAAGUACUCCAAAGCUAAUGCCAGAAGAAGGAAGCAUGUACUAUCCAAGGGUUCAGCAUUACAGGGAACUCUUGGAUUCCUUGCCUAUGGAUGCCUAUACACAUGGCUGCAUUUUGCAUCCUGAAUUAGCAGUGGACUCUAUGAUUCCAGCUUAUGCUACUACUCGGAUUCGUAGCCAAAUAGGUAAUACUGAAUCUGAGUUAAAGAAACUUGCUGAAGAAAACCCUGAUUUACAAGAUGCGUAUAUUGCAAAACAGAAACGUCUCAAAUCUAAACUAAUGGAUCAUGAUAAUAUAAAGUAUUUAAAGAAAAUAUUGGAUGAACUGGAAAAAGUUCUGGAUCAAGUUGAGACUGAGUUGCAAAGAAGAAAUGAAGAAACACCAGAAGAUGGACACCAGCCUUGGCUCUGUGGUGAGUUUUUCAGCUUGGCUGAUGUAUCCCUUGCUGUUACAUUGCACCGGCUAAAGUUCAUUGGACUGGCAAGGAGAAACUGGGGGAAUGGAAAACGACCAAAUUUGGAAGCCUAUUAUGAGCGUGUCUUGAAGAGGAAAACAUUCCGCCAGGUUUUAGGACAUGUAAAUAACAUAUUAAUUUCUGCGGUUCUUCCAACUGCAUUUCGAGUAGCCAAGAAAAGGGCACCCAGAGUUUUGGGUACUACAUUUCUAGUUGGCUUAUUGGCGGUAAUAGGGUAUUUUGGUUUUGCUACGCUUCGGAAGAGAUUUCCUAACAUGUUGUUCCCACUUAGAGCGAGGCCAAGCUAUCUGUAAAUGAUUCUUUGCCCAUUCUUUGAACAGAUCACCUAAUACCACAGACAGGUUGAUCUAAGAGACAAUACAUCACAACAUUGACAUAUAUUAAUUAUUACCUUCCUGUUGCUAAAAUGUGGUGGCAGUGGAGAGGUAAUGGAAGAAAUUAAAUACUGAAGAAAAAUGAGACAGUUGCUUAGAUCCUGAAUACUGGGAACAGAAUGGGGUCAUGGAGUAGCAUUUUCUUGUCCCCAUGUAGCCCAAAAGUGAAACAAAAAUUGAGUGGAUGGCAAAUUGUAAUGGAUCGAGUUGCUUGAACAUUGUUCCACUCAUGCAGAAGAGCUCCAUUCAGUUUUGGUUAAUGCCUUCCCCCACCCCAGCAACACUCUUCUGUGGGAUCCAGGAAGGUCUUCAACAGAAAAGGGGCAUGAGAAAAUUCAAUGAGCAUCCCUCUACUUCCAGUAUUGAAGAUCCAAGUCAACAUAAUUUCCUCUUCAAAUUCCAACUUUAUGACAAUGUACAAGUUAGAAAGACAAGAUGGUCUCUCAUUUUUAUGAAAAGCCAUUCUCUAAUAUUUUAUUGUAUGUUGUAAUUUGACAAUUUCAUAUUUUUCACUGUUCAGAGGGUCCAGUCAUCUUCUAAUUGGUUUUUGUAAAUAUGAGGAAACUUCAUUCUGUUACAUGUAUGGUUUGUUAUACUGAUUGGAUCAAGACAUAUGUUCCUGAAAGACCAAUUACUGAAAUUUAGAUUGACACAAUAGCACAUGUUAUGGAAGCACAUGAAAUGUAUGAGUAGUUAUCAGAUUUCAAAGGCACAAAUAGUCAUUAGACAAGACAUGAGAUUUCUGUUGGUUGUCUGUGAGGAUUAGCUAACAAAAUUUUUGCCUCAAUUAAACCUUGCACCAGAAUGUCAUGUCCCAUGAUUUCAUUCAAAAGUACUGCACAUCAUACACUCGAUAUUGUGAUACAAGUGAUCAGUCUUUUUUCUUUACUGUAAGCAUAUUUUUGUGCCUGUGUAUGAAUGUAUUCCAUGAUGUGCCUCAGAAAAUAUCUUAUUCACAAAUAUAUCAUCUUUAUAAAAAAAA